GUGUGUAUUAGUGAAAAUCUUAGGAUUGGUUACUUGUAAAUUUAUACAAUGAUUAGAAGAUCUUGCAAUAUUUGAUUUCCGGAAGAAUUUAAUAGUUCGAUAGUUAAAUAAAUUGGUUUGCGGUAGUGACAUAUAUUUGAUUCCGCCGUCCAUAUAAAACGAUGAUUUUUCUGCUAAGUUGGUGUUAAGUGUCGGUAGGCGAUGUCCCCAUUCACAGGGGUCCAGAUACAGCAAUGUGGUAAAGGUCCUGUCGCAAAGUAUACAGUUCUAAAGAAUAGCAGAUAUAUGAAAUUUCAUUCCCAAUCCAUUAUCAAGAGCUCAAUCGAAUUAAGAUCAGUGGACUGAGGUUGCGUUCCUAAAACUUUUUAGGUGUUGUGCAAUAUCCAAAGUUUUGUAUUGUGAGCUGUGUGUUUCAGGUCGUUGUCCUGUUGAAAUACUACAAAAACAAACCGUAACAACUUUUUUCUGUAUGAAGUUACUAUAUUGCAACCAGAAAGGCAUCAAAGCAGACACUUACGUAACCAAGCCAUAACAGCUUGUGGUACUACCGAUUACGACGGACUACAGCAGCUGUGCCAGAAAAAUUCAUAUUUUAAGAUUACAAUAGAACUUCCAGCUUCUUUAAUAUAUAUGUGAUGCGAAAAUUAAGGAUAGCUCAUAAAAGUAAAACCAACAAUAUUAUCAUUUAAUUUCCUGUUGAAGCAAUAGAUAUUAAAAUGACUUCGGAAGACCUUUUGCAACCAGGUCAUGUGGUCAAAGAACGAUGGAAAGUUGUGCGAAAAAUAGGUGGUGGGGGGUUUGGAGAAAUUUAUGAAGGGCAAGACUUGAUAACUCGUGAACAAGUUGCGCUAAAAGUAGAAUCAGCACGUCAGCCAAAACAAGUUCUAAAAAUGGAAGUAGCCGUUCUAAAGAAGUUGCAAGGCAAAGAGCAUGUUUGCCGCUUUAUAGGUUGUGGACGAAAUGACCGUUUUAAUUAUGUUGUUAUGCAACUACAAGGAAAAAAUCUUGCUGAACUACGACGAGCGCAACCUCGUGGAGCAUUUUCAUUGAGUACAACCUUACGACUUGGACUGCAGAUAUUAAAAGCUAUUGAAUCCAUACAUUCAGUAGGAUUUUUACACCGUGAUAUUAAACCUAGCAACUUUUCUAUUGGACGUUUACCUUACAAUUGUCGUCGGGUAUAUAUGUUGGAUUUUGGGCUUGCUCGUCAGUAUACCACAGGAACAGGAGAAGUCCGUUGUCCCCGUGCCGCGGCUGGAUUCCGGGGCACUGUACGAUAUGCAUCUAUAAAUGCGCAUCGAAAUCGUGAAAUGGGACGUCAUGAUGAUUUGUGGUCCUUAUUUUACAUGUUAGUUGAGUUCGUGAACGGCCAAUUACCGUGGCGUAAAAUUAAAGAUAAGGAGCAAGUAGGCUUUACGAAAGAGAAGUAUGAUCACCGUAUUUUACUAAAACACUUGCCUUCUGAUUUAAAACAAUUUUUGGAACAUAUACAAUCGCUUGCUUACGCCGAUCGCCCCGAUUAUGCAAUGUUGAUCGGGUUAUUCGAGCGUUGUAUGAAACGUCGAGGAGUAAAAGAUUCUGAUCCUUAUGAUUGGGAAAAGAUAGAUACUGUUAAUGCAACUACUAGUCAAACAACAAAUACUGUUCAAAUACUGGGUAAAAACGAUUAUGCACAUGGAAAUACUACGCAGAUGACAGUUGCUGCAUCAAAUGUUAGCGGGACUGAAUAUCCACGACACCGUAAUGAUGUCGACACAGCAUUACUUGCUUCAACAGAUCCGAUAAAUGGAAAGGAAAAGGUUGAUAAAAAUUGCAACGCACCCUUACCACAAAUAGACGGUCUUUUGUUGAAUAUGAGCUCCUGCAAUCAGAACACCAUCCAGAAGGCAAAUCCAGGGCAAUCAGCAACUGUAACAGGUUCCGCAAAUGUCCAUUGCGUUAAAACUGUUGAUCAAACUCAUGACCAGAAAACACAACCAAAGUUACCAUCUCAACCACACUUGAAUGCACCUCAAACAGCUUUAUUUUUGCCAUCAGCACCACCAAAUGCGUCUAAUUCCACAGGUGUAAUAAAACCAUCUACAGUUACGGGCUCCAAUCGCUCAGAUUGUGCUGGUUCAGUUACAGGCUCCACACCUCCAUUGAUCAUUCACAAACAACAUCAAAAGCAGCAGUUUAUUCAGGGACAUUCUCACGUCCAAGCUAGAUCAAAUUCACCUUCCGCGCAAACUCUACGAAAAAAUUAUUCAUCUCCUAUACAGGCUCAAGUUGGUGGCUGUGAUAAGGAGGUUGGACCGAAAUCUACCUCUCUGCAAUCCCAUUUCCAGAAAGAUGAUGUACUCAUUGGUGAUUCUACUAGUAUAGCAAAUGAUCAACUUAAUUACCAAAACGCCGUUGAAGGUCAAUGUGGGUUUAGAUGUGAUGGCUCGCCAAAAAAAAUACAAAGAUCAGACGGCACUAACGACGAUGGAGAACCAAAUUUUAAUCAAAAUUUGAAUGCAAUUGACCCACCUAUAAAAGGAACAUCGAGUGUAUAUGAUCUAGCAGUGAGCAGCGGAUGUUUCAUAUUAAAUGAAAGUGCGUCUUCUCACGUCCAUGAUGCAACGCAAUUUUCUUUUGAUGCCGCUCUGGGUCCUUCAAAAUCAGUUAUGCUCCAACAUAACAUUAGUAGUCAACGAACUUCUCAAAUAGGUCCGACCGGAGGAAUACAACAACAUAUUUAUAUUGCGCCAGCCACAAAGUGUCGUUCAUCAAUAGCUUCCAGUUCGCGGCUAGCGUUUAAUUCUAGUGGAGCAGUACACCGUUUCGGUAGUAUUGCAUUAACACGCAGUAGUAAUGGAUCCGGCGUAGCUGGAGAUCAUUCCAUGACUCAGUAUGCUUUGAUAGAUGACGAAAACGUGUCGGCGUUGCAACAAGUAACUAAAGGGGGCGGGGCUCUCACUUUGGCAUCUCAGUGGAAAAGUCAGUUUGAUGAUUCGGAGGAUACAACAGAUAACGAAUGGAAACAAGAACCGCAGAGCCCAGACCAUAGAUCAGCCGGGAAAAUUGUUACCGAUUCCCAAUCGAAUUUAUUCGAAGGUACUAAAGAAACAAAUCAGCAAGCUGUAUCGGUCGAUACAGGUAGGGUGAGUGCCAUAGAAGCUCUUCCAGGCUUAGACUGUGCAAAAUCAAUCGAUUUUCGUGCGGACGUAUCCUUAAAAGGAAAGCAACAUAUGCGUACAAAGAGGUCAAUACAAAAGGAGUGCAACUUAAAUAUCACUGAAGUUAAGAUCGAUUCAACGUUAAGGGACAUUAUUCCUCGUUGCUGGUCAGAUCCUGUUAUGUGCACUGUACUGCGUAAAGACUUAAAGCCUCCAAUUAUACAUCAGGCUGCGUUCGAUAGCACACCUACGUACUUUUAUAUACCCAUAUGGCUAAAUGAGUUUAGCUUCCCGGCCUUAUGCAGUCAACAACACCACACAACACCACACAACACACCACUCACACGACAACACAACACUGCACUUAUAAGACAACACUGGCACACCACACCUGGAAACAUCAGUUCACCCACACACCACGCACCAAGGCAACCUUGCUGGAAGCAGUAGCAUACACCCACACACAGGAGAACAACUCUACACACCAACAUGAACAAAAGGAGGGAGGGCGAACGCACUGGGCCUCUUUAUACUCGAAAGCGAUAGCAGAGAAGUCGUUUUGAAGUUCCGCCUUUUUUUCCACGAUCGUCUAUUUCGAUUUUUUUUAAAACCUUGUAUUUAAAAAAAACUCUAAUAUACACGUGGAGUUAUAAGUUUUACAAAACACAAAGUGCAGUAAAACAUUGACAAAACCAGUAAAUUACAUAUUAUAUAGAAAGUGACCAAAGUACAGUGAAACAGUAAAAACAAAAGAAAAAAAAACAAAACAAAAAAGUAUCGGAAAAUAAAAACCGGCGUGAAGUGCAAAAACAAAAGAAGUGCAUUUACAAAAAAUAAAAAUAUAUAUAUAUUGUACAUAUUUAUACAUACAUUAUAUGUACAUAUAACAAGUGCAGUUAUAGAAAGCAAAUUAAUUAAGGUAUACAUAUGUACCGGUACAAAAUUUGGUGCGUUUGGUCGGCAACAAAGGUUUUUUAACUUUGUUGAGGGAAAACAAACAAAAAAAAUUGUUUAUAAAAUUUUAUUUUAUUUGGGCAACAUAUAUAUAUUUAAACGACACUUAAAAACGCAUACCAAACAAGGUGACUUAACAAACAAAUACAAAUAAAGUGAAAAAAAACAAAGCGGGCGCGAAAUAAAACCAAAUAACCCAUAUAAGCGGGCGCGAAAGUAACAAUAAAAUUAACAAUAAACUUAAACGGGCGCGAACUUAAACAGAAAGGAUAAAAGCACAUAACAUCCAAACAAAAAGACACGAAUUUUACAACAAUUAAUAAUAUCAACAAUCUGGAACACAAAGGAAAUUACUCUAAACCACAGAUAGGCUCACUUUAAUACUUAUUAAAUAUAUGUUACACCCCAAAACCCCUGGAGGAAUGAAAAGUGAGUUGUAUCGUUUCCAUUAUAUGGUAUAUACAUAUGUAUGUAGUAUGUAGGAAACCAAACUGUUUCAAUUUACGGUUAUUUUACGGGAAAACUGAAAAUACCGAUAUCACGCAAAACAGUUUGGUACAAUAUGUAUAAUGUAUAUUAAUACAUAUAUAAACUCAAAUACAUACAUAAGAAAUCAAUGCCUAUAAGCUUACCAUUGUGUUAAAACACAUCAAUUUACCAAAUAAAAAAAAAAAAAAAUUUCAAGCAUUUACUUGCCAAAAAUU